AUGAGCGACGGCGUGGAAACCUUCGCCUUCCAGGCGGAGAUCAACCAGCUGCUCUCGCUGAUCAUCAACACGUUCUACUCGAACAAGGAGAUCUUCCUGCGCGAGCUGAUCUCCAACUCGAGCGAUGCCCUCGACAAGAUCCGCUUCCAGAGCCUCACGGACAAGAGCGCUCUCGACGGCCAGCCUGAGAUGUUCAUCCACAUCAUCCCGGACAAGGCGAACAACACCCUCACCAUCAUCGACUCGGGCGUGGGCAUGACCAAGGCCGACCUGGUCAACAACCUCGGCACGAUCGCCCGCUCGGGCACGAAGGCCUUCAUGGAGGCGCUCCAGGCCGGCGCGGACGUCUCGCUGAUCGGCCAGUUCGGCGUGGGCUUCUACUCGGCCUACCUGGUCGCGGACCGCGUCACGGUGCAGUCGAAGCACAACGACGACGAGCAGUACGUCUGGGAGUCGCAGGCGGGCGGCUCCUUCACGGUGCGCAAGGCCUCGGGCGAGGGCGACGAGGCCCCGCUCGGCCGCGGGACGAAGAUCGUGUUGCACAUGAAGGACGACCAGCUCGAGUACCUCGAGGAGCGGCGCCUGAAGGACCUGGUGAAGAAGCACUCGGAGUUCAUCUCGUACCCGAUCUCGCUGUGGGAGACGAAGACGACGACGAAGGAGGUGACGGACGACGAGGCGGAGGAAGAGAAGAAGGAGGGGGAGGAGGCCAAGGAGGGCGAGGUGGAGGAGGCCAAGGAGGACAAGCCGAAGAAGACGAAGAAGGUGGAGGAGACGAGCCACGAGUGGGAGCUGCUGAACAAGCAGAAGCCGAUCUGGAUGCGCGCGCCGGAGGACAUCACGCGCGAGGAGUACGCGGCGUUCUACAAGAGCCUGACGAACGACUGGGAGGACCACCUGUCGGUGAAGCACUUCAGCGUCGAGGGGCAGCUGGAGUUCAAGGCGGUGCUGUUCGCGCCGCGCCGCGCGCCGUUCGACAUGUUUGACCAGAAGAAGAAGACGAACAACAUCAAGCUCUACGUGCGGCGCGUGUUCAUCAUGGACAACUGCGAGGACCUCAUCCCCGAGUACCUCUCGUUCGUCAAGGGCGUGGUCGACAGCGAGGACCUCCCGCUCAACAUCUCGCGCGAGAUGCUGCAGCAGAACAAGAUCCUCAAGGUCAUCCGCAAGAACAUCGUGAAGAAGUGCCUGGAGAUGUUCAACGAGAUCGCGGAGAACAAGGAGGACUUCGACAAGUUCUACGAGGCGUUCGGCAAGAACCUCAAGCUGGGCAUCCACGAGGACUCGCAGAACCGCGCCAAGCUGGCCGACCUCCUGCGCUACCACUCGAGCAAGUCGGGCGAGGAGAUGACGUCGUUCAAGGACUACGUCACGCGCAUGAAGGAGGGCCAGAAGGACAUCUACUACAUCACGGGCGAGUCGAAGAAGUCGGUCGAGAACUCGCCCUUCGUCGAGAAGCUCCGCAAGAAGGGCUACGAGGUGCUCUACAUGUGCGACCCGAUCGACGAGUACGCGGUGCAGCAGCUCAAGGAGUACGACGGGCACAAGCUGGUGUGCGUGACGAAGGAGGGCCUCAGCCUCGGCGACGACGAGGACGAGAAGAAGAAGGCCGAGGAGCUCAAGGCGGCCUUUGAGCCCCUGUGCCGCGUGAUGAAGGACAUCCUCGGCGACAAGGUGGAGAAGGUCGUGGUGUCGGACCGGCUGGUGGACUCGCCGUGCGUGCUGGUGACGGGCGAGUACGGCUGGAGCGCCAACAUGGAGCGCAUCAUGAAGGCGCAGGCGCUGCGGGACUCGAGCAUGAGCAUGUACAUGAUGAGCAAGAAGACGCUCGAGGUCAACCCGGAGAACGCCAUCAUGCGCGAGCUCAAGAACCGCGCGGACGCCGACAAGAGCGACAAGACGGUCAAGGACCUCGUGCUGCUGCUCUUUGAGACGGCGCUGCUCACCUCGGGCUUCUCGCUCGAGGAGCCCGCGACCUUCGCGGGCCGCAUCCACCGCAUGAUCAAGCUCGGGCUGUCGAUCGACGAGGACGAGGACCUCGGCGGCGACGAGGACCUCCCGCCGCUCGAGGAGGGCGCCGCCGUCGAGGACGCGUCGCGGAUGGAGGAGGUGGACUAA